GAUCGGAACCAAAAUCAGGAAGACCGGAGACUCGUCCCCUGAAUCCCCUUCACCAGAGGGCAGAGGGCGAAGCGCAGCCCAGGGGCGAUCCCGGAGACGAGCCCGCGCCGCCGUCCUCCCCGAUCGCCUCUGCCCCGCCGAUCUGCUCCCAAGAGCAAGAGGUCCCGCGUCCCAGGCCGGAGUAGAUCCAUGGCUCUGCCGUCGAGGCUGGCGCAGCUGCAGGCGAAGGCGUGCGAGGCGACGCGGUUCGCCGCGAAGCACGGGUGCGCGUACCAGCGAUCGCUCGUCGAGAAGAACAAGAAGUACGUCGUGGAGCCCCCCACCAUCGAGAAGUGCCAGGAGCUCUCCAAGCAGCUCUUCUACACCCGCCUUGCCAGCCUUCCCGGUCGCUACGAAGCAUUCUGGAAAGAGCUUGAUCAAGUGAAGCAGCUGUGGAGAAACAGGAAUGAUCUGAAUGUUGAGCACGCUGGCGUUGCCGCGCUCUUUGGCAUUGAGUUGUACGCGUGGUUCUGUGUCGGUGAGAUCGUUGGCAGAGGAUUUACUCUCACAGGAUACCACGUCUGAAUGCUAAGCAACAAAAUCAGUCCCCUUUUGGCUGAUAUAAUGACUUGUUAGGCAGCCCAUUUUUUUGUGACCAGAUGCGCAGUUUUGUUUUAGAGAUAUUCUUGAUGCUGUAUGGAAUGCACGCAUCUCGGUGAAACCGAACAAUAAUCUGCUGCAUCGUGGUUUAUGUCUACGGUACAUUACUUUUUUCCUUCUAAUAUUAUUGAUGCCGUUGCUCUUUGUUUU